GACAGAACGGGACGUCUCCGCCUGGUCCUCGGAGCGCCUCCGUCAGCUUCUGCUCAGCGUUCGGGUGGAGGGUCCGGAGGGGCUCUGUCAGCUGACUGACGUCACCAAACUGGAGGGAGAAGCUUCCAUCAACAACAGGAAAGGAAAACUCUUCUACUUCUACGAGUGGCAGCUAAAAGCUAACUGGCUAGGUACUUCCUGUAGUGGAGUGAAGUAUAGAGGGACUCUUGACGUGGCCAACUUGUCGGACGAGAACGAUGAGGACGACCUGGAUAUCUCGGUGUCUCUCUGUAAGGACCAGCCCAGCACACCACUCCUGGACCUGAUGAAGAGGUCUGGGACUAAAGAGGUCGGCAGAGUUCUGGGCGAGUACGUUCGUGAGCUUAAAUCAGAUUUCAGUCAGGGGAUGAUCCUUCCCACCACCGACGGACAGAAGCUGCCUGCACCUGAGAUGGCUAAGAAGAACCAAGUCAAAACCAACAAAACCCAGGUUAGCACCAACGUGAAGUGCUCGACUGGCCCGGAUCCCUGUCCCAAAGGUGUCCGGAUCCAGACCUGCAGCUUCAGCUUGAAGGAGACGUUUCAAACAUCUGCUGAUGAGCUCUACAGGACCUUCGUCAACCAGGAGUUUGUUCAGGUGUUCACUCGCUCAGCAGCAUCAGUGGACSCUCAGAGAGGAGGGAGCUUCCUGCUCCUGGACGGCAGCGUCAGCGGGGUCUUCACAGAGCUGGUCCCAGACCAGAGGAUCGAGAUGAGGUGGCGCUUCAGGACCUGGCCCAGCGAGCACUACGCCACCAUCGUCUUGGAGCUGGUGGACGGAGGAGAUGAGACGGAGCUGAGGWUGGAGUGUCGAGGAGUUCCUGCAGGGGAGGAGGAGACCACCAGGGAGGGGUGGAACCGGUUUUACUUUCAGGCCAUCAAACAGACAUUUGGAUACUGAUGGAGAGCUGAAUUAACAUCUGCCAGGCUCAGGAUGAGACUUCAGCAAGUCUCAGACCUUUGUCCUCCUUGGGAAGAAGACAUGUUUCUCCUAAAGAGGCGAAAGAAAUCCUGCAGAACCACGUCUCUAAUAAACAGAAUGUGCUCACCGCUCAGUUGAACAGAACUAAUAUAUAAAUGUUCCUAUUGAAUAAAUAACUCUGAAUUAA